UUUUUUUUUUUAGCUCAUGUUUUACAACAACAGUUGAAGGAAAUUCGUCGUGAACGUGAAGCAUGGGCUCUCAGAGAAGAACAACGACGUCAAUUAGAAGAUCAAAUGUUACGAACCAUUGAAGCAAAUCAAGCAAAAAUCAACCAAUUAUCUGCAUCCUGUCCAGAUACCUCCUUUAGUAACAAACGAUCUUCCAAUGGAUCCUACACAUCUUAUCAACGGUCAACACCAUCUUAUAUCCAAGACGAUGACAAUGAAGAUGAUGAUGACAACGACAAUGAUGAUGAUGAUGACGAUGAUGAUGAUGACGAUGAUGAUGAUGAUGUUUAUUUGGAUCAAUGCAACAACCAUUCAAUGAAUCAUCCAUACGAUAACUCAAGCAUGCAUCAGUAUCAUCCAUCCUUCUUGUUUGCACCUGUUCAUCCAAGUCAGCGACAGCAACAAUAUGAUGACGAUUCACAAGAUUCAUCUUAUUUAGAGCAAGAUGAUGAUGAUGAUGAUGAUGAUGAAGAAGAAGAAGAAGAGGAGGAGGAUGAAGCCCCAUACCGACAUAUGCGAUACUCACCGAUAUAUUAUAAAAGUCGAUCUACUUUGUCCUCCAAGAGACAGCCAUCAAGAUGUUUACGUCCAUAUGCGCCUCCCAUGAUGAUAUCAAGGCCUCGUGUACUUCCCAUGAAUUACUAUCAUCGACCGACCUCCACUCAUUUGAUACAAGAUCCUUUUUUACAAAAACCACUUCGGCGACAUCGUAGUUUUGGAGAUGAUCCUGCCUGUAUAUAUUAUUAAUUUAUAAAAUCAUAUAUAUUUUAUUGGUGUUUCCUUUUUUUUUUUUUUUUUUUUUUUUACAAUAUGGAAAGUGAAGAAAUAAACUUAUUUUUAAUCAGUAUAAAAAUGAAUGAUUUAUGAUGAUGGAGUAUAAAUUAUUCUUUGAUGAAUCAAUGCGUCUCUAUUUAAAAUGUCCUGUCAAUUCAUUCAUUCAUGAUAUGAUAUGAUUUUUUUUUUUC